UUCAAAUGCAUGCUUAUCGGGUGUGGAUAGCCCCAAACAAUGGUCAAUCAACUAGCUUCAACUAUCUUCUCAUAGAUGAUGAGGAAGAUGGAAUCUAUAAGCUUAAGAACUUUAAUAGGUAUGAAAACAAAUUUUACAACGCUAUAGUUUCUUCAAAAUCAGUUGGACAGCGUAAAAGCAAUGGUAGGAAAGAACCGAGUCAAGUUCAUGCAUCAAUACCACUUAAAGGAUGGUCUAAACAAAUGGUGAAGAAGAGCGAUAGGGAACAUUUAGAGUCCAAGCUUUACCUAGCUAAGACUUUAAUAAGGACAACAAUUGAUCGACAAACUCCGGGCACUAAUGGAUUUAGCCAUCCAUUAACUAUCACCGAACCAAGAAAGUAUCCAACCACUACAACUAUUCGACUUGAUGCAAAGCACAAGUUGGAUUUCUCAUUGAAACUCUCUCAACAUGAUACCUCAAGGUUUAGCUUAGAAAACAUUGGUGACCCUAACUCUAUUGAAUUUGUACAUGAGAAGAAAUUUGGUGAAAUGGGUGAGUGCUCUACAAUGUGGGGAGGAUUGCUAGCUGGUGCUAUAGAUGAUGGGAUGUAG